CAUGAAUCGUAAACACAUACAUCGAUUGGUUGUUGAUGGUGGAGGUAAAACUGGACCGAAUGAUUUGAAGGUGUAUCAGGGGAUCAAACAACAUCGAAAGACGACAAAGAGAGACAGACCUACUGAGAGCUGAGAGGUUGUUGCUGCAUUCAUUGAGUAGCUGAGCGCCGUUGAACAGCUCAGAGGUCACAAGUCACUCAGUGGCUCAGUGCUAAUCCUUGCAAUGCAAGAGAUCAGUCGUGUUUGGAUCUAUCAAGCGGAUGGUAGUUAGUAGUCUAGUCUGUAGACUCGUGCGCGCAUGUCUCUCGUCAACAGAUACUUCCAUAAAUCAGUUUAAAUUUUUUCUCCAAUUUAUGACUGCCACGUUUCACCAACUAUCCACUAACAAUUUGUUGAUCUCUGCGUUUAUUGUGAAGCGCGUGUGCAUUCGCGAAAACAAAACACACAACAAUAAUUCAGAACAUUACAAAUUGACUCCAUUGUUCUUUUUAUUUGUUAACUUCAGUUAGUGUGUUUUUGUUAUUGUUUACCUGAGCUUCUGUUCUUAUUUCAUCGCUCGCUCGCCAAGUUUCAAGGUGAGGCAUCAAUAUGGAACUGGAAACAGAGCUGAGGUCAACCUCAGCGGGAACCUAUUUCUCGAGGCAUGCAGCUAGGGAGCCAGUCGAACUCAGCUUCGACAAUCUCACCUACUCUGUUUCACAGGGUUUCCAAAAAGGCUCAAAAACUAUACUACACAACAUUGGAGGCAGAUUUGAAUCAGGUCAAAUAAUUGCUAUUAUGGGACCUUCAGGAGCAGGAAAAUCAUCCCUACUGGAUCUCCUAUCAGGAUACAGGAUAUCUGGUGUGGCGGGAUCUGUCUACGUGAAUGAUCGAUUCCGAGAUCUGGAUGAAUUUCGAAGACUGUCAUGUUAUAUACAGCAGGACGAUCGACUGCAACCUUUGCUGACUGUUGAUGAGAACAUGUGGGCAGCUGCUGAUCUCAAAUUGCCUUCAAGUGUCCCCACAAAAGAGAAAACAGCUAUUAUAGACGAGAUUUUAGAGACCUUGAAACUCUCAGGCUCUAAAAAGACCAGAGCCGGACAACUUUCUGGAGGACAGAAAAAAAGACUUUCAAUCGCAUUAGAACUAGUGAACAAUCCAUUGGUAAUGUUUCUGGAUGAGCCAACUACGUUUUAUUACCUAGUGGAUGGAACACAGAACGGCAAAUGCUAUAAAUGGUUCACGAAUGGAGAAGUAUUGAAAUACAACAAUAAUGCUGCAGCUGAUGUCACUUCUAUGUCAUGUCUACCCAUUAUGAAAAAAUGUGGAGGCUCACUUCAGGUCACAUCUCAAUGGAAUCAAAUCAGUGUCCUUUUGAGAAGAGGAUUCAUCAAAAUGAAAAGAGAUCAGACUCUAACUCACAUGCGGUUCAUGGUGAACGUACUGACUGGGAUGAUGUUGGGAGCGCUGUUUUUUCAAACUGGCAAUAAAGGGGAGAGAGUUUUGGAUAACUUUAAUUUGCUUUUCUCAAUCCUCAUACACCACACAAUGACAACCAAAGUCCUCACUAUUUUGACAUUUCCGAUGGAAAUGUCUAUAUUGAACAAGGAAUACUUCAAUAGAUGGUAUUCAUUGAAGUCAUACUACAUAGCUACGAAUAUCCUCGAUAUACCAGUGCUAACUGUUUGUGCGAUCACAUUCUCAGCAAUAAUCUACGCAAUGAGUGGUCAGCCAUUGGAUUGGACCAGAUUCAGCAUGUUCACUGGCAUCAGUCUGUUGGUGGUUUAUAUUUCGCAAAGUCUCGGUUUCAUGGUUGGAUCAAUAUUUAAUGUGGUGAAUGGAACUUUUGUUGGACCAACAAUGCUCGUUCCCAUGAUGAUGUUCUCUGGAUUUGGAGUUUCGCUGAGGGAUAUUCCAGGAUACAUGAAAUGGGGAACAAAUCUCAGUUAUCUGCGUUACAGUCUUGAAGGCUAUGUGGCAGCUAUCUACGGUUUGAACAGACCAAUUCUGCCCUGCACAAGCUAUUACUGCCAUUACAAAUACCCGAAAAAGUUCAUGUCGGAAGUUGCUAUGAAUGGAGAUCAGUUCUGGUUGGAUGUUUAUGCUCUUCUUUUCACUUUAUUCUUGACAAGGGUAGCUGCUUACAUUCUUCUCAGAUGGAGAAUAAGGGCGAUGAGAUAGAACCUUCAUGACACACAUUAAAUCAUUAAAAUCUUUACAUUGCAUAUUGUACAUAACCAACAAAUAAUAUUAUAUUUUUAUAUUUCGAAGAGCUACUUGUAUCUGUAAAUAAUGAAGACUGAGUUGAAAAGUUGGAAAAAUAGGUUCUCUAGGUUGAUAUUGAGCCAAAGAAAAUUAAUGUUAUUCCAACAAAAAUGACAAAUAAAUUUAUAAUGUUAAGAUAAGCUGUUGAUAUAGUGAUUUCAAUAAGGAACUUGGCUGGAAUAGCCUAUUGCCAAUAUUUUUAUUCUAGUUCUAUCUUUAUUUGAUAGGUUGUUAAAAAUAUAUCUUUCAAAGGUUCUAAAAAUAUUGAUGAAAUAUUCACAGUAGUGAAUGUUACAGAUUUCUAUGUAUUUGAUAGCAUUCAUCGAUAAAUAAAUGCAUAGUAUAAUUUUAAGCGUGAAUAAUUGAAAAAUUUCUCCAAUGAAUUUACAAAUUCCAACGUUUAAAAAUUCUGCUCGACAUCAUCUCCAACUUUUUCUAUAUUUUGAUUGUUUAUUUAUGGAAAAGGAAAUUGUUUCUGAAAACUUGAAAAAACUUCCAUCCUUCCAUAUGUUUUGAAAAAAUUAUGAAGAUGUGUGAUAUUGUCCAAGAUUUUUAUAACGAGAAAUUAAAAAAGGGAAGUUGAGAGAGCAAGAGUAGAAAAAUGUUAUUCUUGGUCAAAAAUGAAAAGUAAUUAUUCCAUCUUACUACAAAAAUAUUCAAUAAUAUUGUGCUUUGCUUCUUUUUGAUUCGUCAAGAAGAACAAGAUGCAUUAAUAAUAAUCAAACCACUUUACCAGUUACAUGUGUUACCAAAAAUCAUUACAUUAAAGUUAAGUUACC